GUCAAUGUCAGAGAUAUCAAGUUGCUUUGUCCAUGUGAAAAGCUCAUCGGCCUCAUCCUCCCACUCAGAGAAGGAAACAUCACUGGAGCCUUUCUCCUCCACCAGAGGCACAGCCAUACGUGUUGAAACAGACUCCUCGAGGGUUCUGACCCCCAUCCCGCCACAGAGACAACAGGCGCUUUUGCUGAAGCCUGUCUGUCGCCGUACCCCACUGAGGCAGUCCCUUCAGAGAGAGGGACCUCCACGUGUUCUCUCUUCCGCCAAGGUGACUGCUGUGCCUAUAGCUCUGGGAAUGAUGUCAGGGAUUGUGUUUGCUGCUACCAAAGACAAGUCCAAUGUCACUGUAGUAAAUAUUGAUGAGCUGUCUCUCUACACAACCCCUAAGCAGAAGCUUUUGUUUGUGAAGACAGAGAAUGGCCAGUUGGAGCAAGGUGUGGCCACCAUAAGACAAACUGUUGAGCCUUAUGCAACUUGGUGUCAGCAAUCAGUUCACAGUGCAGUGGAAAAGGUCCAGGGUACCUAUGAGAAAGUGAAGCCAAAGGUGGAAAGCAUUAUCCAAUUUGGAACUGAUAGUUAUGCCUACCUCAAAAACCCUCCACCUGAAUUCUAUCCGCGGGCUGGAAUCAUUGGUUUCACUGGCUUCCUUGGAAUCUUUCUUGCAAGAGGCUCCAGAGUGAAGAGACUAAUCUACCCUACUGGCCUGAUGGCUAUUAGCACCUCUCUCUACUACCCCCAACCUGCUGCAACAAUCGCCAAGUCAACCGGGGACUACGUGUAUGAUUUAGCACUGCAGGGCUAUGUUGCCAUGGAGAAUGUGUUCAAGCCUGCCAGCAAACUAGCUGUAGAGAAGUCGGUGAAUGAAGAGGGGCUUGCUUCUGAAACCAAACCUGAAUAGGUCUACCAACAUCAUGAUGACAAGUACUCAAGAUUAGCAGUCUUCCAGGCAUUGCAGGUCCAUCCUACUGAACACCAUGGUUUGUCAUGGGCACAACUGUUCUCAUUUCGAUGUUCUCAUGACUCACUUUUGCACUAGCCUCUUUCUGUAGAAGAUAGGGCCUGUCACCAAGAUUGUAUUUAUAUAAGGCUAAAUAAAAAUCUAUUUUAUA